AUGCCUCCAAAGCCUUCCGUUCGAGGAGAAUAUAUCGAAACCGAAACUGGCAAUAAAAUCUCGCGAAAGGCCAGCGUCCUAGGUCCGCGCCAUAUCAUUUUGGCCGGGAAAUGCGUGAUCCAGCAGGAUGUCGUGAUCCGAGGUGAUCUCGUCCGUCCACCACAACCCAAGCCUCCAACACAACAAGGCGAUCAGAAGUCGGCCACUCAAGAUCAGACCUCCAUACACCUUGGGCGCUACGUCUUCAUCAGUCCUGGCUGUACGCUCCACCCUCCUUCUCGACUCACAACGAUCGCAAACCCAAAUGGCGGCGAGCCUCAGCAGAUUAUGACCUAUUUCAUGCUCAGAAUCUCCGACUACGUAUACAUUGGCCCAAACACACAUGUGCGUGCAGCGGAGAUAAAGAGCAAUGUCUACAUUGGUGCGAACUGCACGAUCGGGAAUAUGGUCAUAAUAAAGGACAACGUCAAGAUCUUGGAUGGAACGGUUCUACCUGCAAACACUGUCUGGGCAGGAGGCACCAUUAUUGCAGGGCGUCCAGGAAGGGUCGUGGGGGAGAUUGGUGAAGGAUGGGCCGCCAGUGUUGCUAGUGGCUCAUCCGUCGACGAAGGCGUUGGUGUCAAGAGCAGAGAGAGGUGGGCAGCUGUCGGAAACAAACGAUGA